AUGAUAUUAAAUGCCUCAAAAUGUGCUCAUAUAAAAUUCACCCGCAAGAAGAACAUAGUACACUCAAAGUACUUCAUACAAAACCAGCAGCUCGAAGAGGUCUCUGUCAUUAGAGAUCUCGGCAUUAUCCUCGAUAGUCGGCUCACAUUUAAAGAUCACAUUGAUUAUAUUGCCAGCAAGGCCUGGAAAUUGCUGGGUUUUAUCAGGCGUAACACCGCCGAUUUUAAAAGAACCGACUGCAUCACCAGGAUCUACAAUGCACUAGUACGUAGCAUUCUAGAAUACGCUGUCUCGGCAUGGAACCCGCACUACAGAGCGCAUGUCAACAGGCUAGAGCGGGUGCAGCGCUCUUUUACGAGGUACCUGGCCUUCAAAGACAAUACAAGUCCCUACAGAGCCAACUACGCCGCUCGCCUAAAACAUUUUAAAUUACAUCCCCUGGAAAAGCGACGACAAAACCCGACAACAACCAUCGGGGCAGUAGCCCACCAGACACUAAGCCCAUCUGGUCGGCGAUCCUCCCUUUACAGUGUCGGAGUGGUCCUCCUUGUAGUGCGGAUUUGCAGACUCCAAGCUACUAAGAUAGAUGAAAGUGAACACAAGUCAGAUGAAAUGGAGUCUGCAAAUCAAUUACUCAACACACCCAUCAUUACAAGGAGGAACAUUCGGACACCGAAGAAGAGUGAAACUGACAAUACUGAGACGACGGAUACUAAGAUAGUUAAAACAAGACAAAAUACGUAG